GCGCCCGGUUGUCGAGGGCAGCCUAUUUAGCGGAGCGCAGACGCAAGGGCAGCCACCAUGGCCCUCGAGCGCAACCCCGCCAUCGAGACGGACCCCUUCCGCGGGAGCGAUGACGCCAUCAAGCAGCAGGCGAAGAUCGACUUCAUGCGGCGGCGCAACGCGGACCGCGUGAAAAGACUGCUCAACUCCAAGCAAAGAGCCAUCGGCGCGGACCCCGCGGCGCUCGCUAGACAAAUCCAGGAGCGCGAAGAAGCGAAAUUAGAGGAGCAGGAGGAGACGCAGGCCUACGUCGAGUACGAGGCCCACAUGCGAGAUGUGGUGGAGGAGCGCGAGCAGAGCUUUAAAGCCCAAGACCGGGAGUUCGAACGGUCGCUGGCCAAGGAGUGGGACGGCGAAGUGGCCGAGCGGGCGGAGCGCCGCGCGAAGAUUGCUUCGGAGGACCUGCGGUGUGAUCCCGCGAAGACCGGCCCCGCGGGCGCCCAGGUCUUCGAGGGCGAGGAUCCCACCGCUGAGGAAAGAACUAAACUCCAGAACUUGAACGUGCGGUCGUGGCUCGCCCAGCAAGAAGCGGAGAAGGCCGCGCGCGUCGACGAGGAGAAGGACGAGCUCCUGAGAUAUGCGGCCUACGAAAGGUUCGUGGCGGCGGAACGGGCGGAUCUCGAGGACGAGGAGAACGAAGAAAGAAGCAGGGUCCGCUACGAGCUUCGUGUGAAGAACGAGGAGGACGCCGAGAGGAGGAGGCUUGUUGCUGAAGCAAGAAAGCGGGAGGUGGCUCUUAUUGAAGCUGCCGAGAUCGAUCGGCGCCUGAGCGAUCCGGAGUUGUGCGAGAACACGGCUGUUGCGAGAUCAGCGUUGGGUGCCCACCGCUACCGGCCCGAUCAUUUCAAGGGCUUCGCGCGGGAACAAGUGGCGCAGUUGUUAAAGGAGAACGAUACACUAGUCGAGGAGAACUACGCCGCCAAGUCGGAGGAGAAGCAGAUCGACGACGACUACGACGCGUCGCAAGCCGAACUACUACGAUUGGCUCAUGACGAGGAGGAGCGCUACCGCCACGACGUCUGGAGGCGCAACAAAAAGUACGAGGACGACGUCGUCGCCCAGCGCGCGGCGGAGCGCGAGCGGCGUCGCAAAUCCGAUAGGGACCGCUUCGGCGCGAUCGCGCCGGGCGGCUUCCUCGACGGCUUCGGCAAGUCGGCGCGGUAGACUUGGUAGAGUGGCUAAGUUACUAUCACACAU